AUGUCCGAGUCAAAGGAAACGGAAACACCAUCAUCCGGUCCCGGAAGGACAGACUCUGCUGCUGAUCUCCCUUCAACGCAAGCCGAGGACUGUAUGCACACACAGUCUGAGGAUAGUCGACAACUUGACAUCGAAUCUGGCACAUCAGCACCAAAGGACACAGAAAAGCCGCCUACGGAUCCGAAUCUUGUAACAUGGGAAGGGCCUACAGAUUCCGCCAACCCCAAAAACUGGACGACAAACAAAAGGAUGAUCAUUACGGUCCUGGUGUCCCUCUUCACUUUCCUGUCUCCAAUAUCAUCCUCGAUGGUAGCUCCCGCUCUAUCAAAGCUAGGAGAAGAUCUAGGAAUGCACGAGAAAAUCGAAGUCGAGAUGGCCUUGUCCAUAUUCAUCCUUGGUGACAUGUGGAGGGCAGAGGAACGCGGAAAGGCGGUCGGCAUAUACAGCUUGGGCCCGCUGCUUGGGCCCGCCGUUGGCCCUAUCUGUGCCGGCUUCAUCGCCGAGAGAACAACUUGGCGCUGGUGCUUCUGGUCAACAAGUAUUGCAGCCGCCGUUGUCCAACUUUCAGGCAUAUUUUGGCUGGAAGAGACGUACGCACCCGUGCUCUUGCGAAGGAAGUGCCAACGCCUGAUCAAGGAGACGGGCAAUGCCAAUCUUCACGUGGGAGCGGAGCUGGCCAAAAGUCCAUCGGAAAUUCUGGGCGCUGCCCUGAUCCGGCCUACUCGGUUGCUUGCCACUCAGCCUAUUGUUCAGGUCAUCGCAGUAUACAUGGGCUACCUCUUCGGGGUCACGUAUUUGGUGAUGGUGACCUUCCCUAUCGUCUGGACCGAUGUGUACCGCGAGAAUCUGGGAAUUAGCGGCCUCAAUUAUCUCUCCCUCUUCAUCGGUGCUGUCCUUGCCGUCAUUACUAGCUUGAUGGUAGUAGACAAGGUGUACAUGAAGCUCAAGGCGCGAAACAAUGACGUGGGCAGGCCGGAAUUCCGAGUGCCUUCGAUGUUUGUGGGCUCAAUCAUCGUCCCCAUUGGACUCUUUUGGUAUGGCUGGAGCGUCCAAGCCCGGGUUCACUGGAUCAUGCCUAACAUUGGCGCCGCCCUGUUCACGGCCGGUGUUUUCCUGUGUACUCAGGCAAUGCAAGCCUACACCAUCGACAGUUAUCAUCGCUACGCUGCCAGUGGGCUUGCAGCAGCGACCGUACUCCGGAGUCUCGCUGGGUUCGGCUUCCCCCUCUUCGCGCCAUAUCUAUACCAGGGCAACGAUGGAACUGGCACCGGCACCAGUACCGACAUCGACACCGGCACUGGAGGAGACAGACGCGAGGGGCCCAGGCGAGACUCCGCAGCGGAGACGCAAGAGGGCGACUGCAUGCGAGCGCUGCAACCAGAAACGCAUCAGGUGCGAUGCAUCGACCUCGGGUCAGCCGUGUUCCAAUUGUCGCAAGGCGAAGAAUCCCGAAUGCCGUCUUAUUCGCUCAAAGCGGACCAGGAACCCGUGUUCUCUCUCGAUUUCGACAGAGUUAAUGGCGAAGAUGGGUCGCCAAUUGUUACCGAGAUCUCCGGGAGAGAGCGUCAAGGAGUAGCGACGCCGGACUCUAUGCCCUCCAGGACGGGCCCCAUACGUCACAAACAACCUCGCAGAGGUGACCGUCCUCCCUUCAUCGGAGAAAGCUGGUUCGCGACGUACCUUUCUAACAACGCCGCAACAAGACAAACUGCUGUACACCCGCAUGUCGAGACAGCCAACAGUAGCGACGAAGAUGGUCGAUCACGGCCGCAGUCCGAACCUCACGGCGUGGCACCACUACCAAAGGCCAAUCUGCCAGCCUUACAAGACGUGAUUCCACAGCACCUCAAGCAGCGUCUGAUCGAGUCUUACUUCUCCCUUUUCCAUUCAUAUUGUCCUAUAGUGGACAAAUCCUCCUUUCUCUCAUCUGUUCAGGACGACACCGUUUCACUAACGCUCCUUCAAUGCGUCCUUUUCGUAGCUUCGACUCAAUGCGAGCCCUCCAUCUUCCAUCUGUUGGGUUACAGCACCCGGAUGGACUGCGGUGAUGAGUUCUUCGCAAGAGCCAAAAGGUCGUUCGAAUCAGACAACACAUCCGACCGUGUGGCGAUGCUGCAGUCCUCAUAUCUACUCUCUUACUGGUGGGGUCAACCCAUAGCCUUUCGUGACUCGCUGUGGUGGCUCUCGUCUGCUAUCAGGUCUGCACAGUGCAUGGGGAUGAACAAAAGUACCAAGAAAAGCGGGAUAUCUCCGGAGGUCCAAGCCCAAUGGAAAAGGAUCUGGUGGUGCUUAUAUAUUCGAGAUCGACAAAUAGCGUUCUCUAUUGGAGUACCAAUGAUCAUCAAUGAUCUUGAAUGUAACGUCGAAGACCCGGUUCCGCAAGAUUUCCCAGACGAGAGUCCCGAGACCGCCUAUUACAUUAUUGGACAAGCAGUGCUCAACCGUGCCGCAUCGACUUUGUUUCUCGAUUACUGCUCUCUGGCACGACUUCCCCUGAGCGACGAUCCCGACUUUCGGCACUGUGCGCAGCAGGCCAUACAAACCACUCUGGGCAAAUGUCAUGAGGAGCUGCCGAGACUUUCAAGAGGAGACCGCCGGCAUUACUUAUCUCUGACCACGGACAUGUGUUACAAUUUCUACGUGAUCCACCUUCAUCAGCGGGUACAAGGCCCUCGACCUGAAAGCGAAAUACAUCCGAAUGAUGCAAAAUUUAUCCUUGCCGCUGCGGAUAAUAUCACUCAACUAGUGGAAGACGCAAUGAUAUACUGGAGUCCAAAAUAUCUACCCAUGAUCUGGGUCACUGCCAUAUUUGCCGCGAUGAAUGCUCAGUAUUCUGCUAUGCGCAAGAGCUCGCAGGACCGAGAGUUGCUCCGUGCCAAACUUCGGUCUAGUCUGAUCGUCCUCAAACAAUUCGAAGACUACUACAUCAUGGCUCGUUGGGUUCGAAUACUAUGGACCAAUGUGCUGGACAGACCAGGCCACGAGAAACACCGUCUCAAGACAUUCCAACAGCUGCAUCGUUAUCAAGACAAUGCAGCUCGUCCUCCCGACACCAACGCAGAGCCAACAUCAAUCCAAGAUUAUUCCACUCCGACAUCGUCGACGAACACUCACUCUGAUCCAACAAGAAUCCCAUUAGUUGAUCCUGGUUUCUUCGGCGAGGAUCGAUCGCAGAUCACAUCUUGGGUUAUUGACGACUGGUCGGGCACCUUUGCCUUGGACGGAUAUAUUGGACACGUCGACUUGCCUAUGCCGAGCAUGUGGAACACUGGACCGCCAAAUCUGUAG